AUGCUCAAGGCCGCGCGGAAGAAGCGCAGCAUCGCGAGGUGGGGAGCACUGGAAACGUUCUUNAAGAAGCCGCCGGGCGGUGGGACCGCGCGGACUCCUCCUGCUGGAGGAAGCAGUGCUCCUCCUGCUGCUGGCGAAAAAAACAGCAGCAGCGAGGAAGCACCCAUCAUCUACGCCCACCGCCUCCGCCUUCGCNACCGCCUCGGAUAUGUUCUACACAUCCUGCACAUCUCCAUCACCGCGGGCUUUACCAGCGUGUUCUUCAUGGGCCCGCUCGGUAAGGGUUCGUGGCACGAGUGGGGGACCUCGCAUGUUUUCUCGCUCCUCGGCAUGGUCUGGUACAACACGAGCAGAUCAAAUUCCUCGAACACGAAUUUUCUGCGAUGGCAGAAGCUCGUUGCAGACGAGUUUCCCGCCGCGAAGCCAUGGACCAAAAAGUUCAUAAGGCCGGCUGAAACGCGGUGGAUGGUCGCGGAGAAGAAGCACUUUAUGGUGAACUUCAGCGAGGACAGUUUUUUUUUUGCGGAAUUCAACAUGCGGUGGAAGAAGUGGAUGCAGCGGCAUCAGGAGCUACCUUUGAGCAUGGCGCGGAUUGGUUGCCCAUCGUUUUACGCGCGGAUGGGGAUCAUGGGGAAGGGGGCUGUAGAGCAGGCGGUGGGGCCGGAGUAUGCACGUGCAUUUCUGCAUGUUGGGUGGCCUGAACGAUACGAGGGAGAGCCGCGCUCGGAGAGGGAGAGAGAGUACCGCGUGCAGCUCGGGGAAGAUUUUGGGGGGGUCAUCGACGCAAGGAGGAAAGAUGAGUUGACGUUUGGUCUUUUCUCGAUUGUGGAGGAGGAUGCAGAAAUGAGGUGUGAGGUAGAAGGAUAUGCGGAGUCUGGGUUUGGGGACAAGGAGGUUGAUGAGGAAGCAGAGAAGGGUACAACUGCGCUGGUGCGUCUUUUCGAAAAAUUCCCUCGCUUGUACAAGUUCGUGUGUGUGCGCUUCUACUUCGUGCCUAUUCACCAGCAGUUGAUCGAGGCCUUCUUUUCUAAGUACGACACGUGCGCAAAGAAAACGGACGUGGCUGUGAUGGAUUCCGUCCGGGUUGGGAGUUGGCAAACCUAAGAGUCCAGAGAUAUCUCAAGCAGUGGUGCCACCGGCAGUGAAAUUCGUGCGGCCGGCACCAGGAGGCUGGCUGGGUGGAGAAAAGCGAAGGCGGCGGCCCUCGCAGAACACCCAGCCGGAAACGCAAAGAGAAAGAGAGUUUUGGAUACGGAAACUGGGCGGGCGAUGGUGGAGGAGUUGAAGCGGGAAGGGGGUUUGCCGACUCGGAGUGGUGUCCACGCUGACCAAACGUAGGUGUGUUGGGUGUGACGUGGAUUAUUGUCACCGGAAAAAAAAAACUCCGCACCAAAAAUCAUGUCGACUUUUUGUACCCUGCUGGGUGCGCCACCACCUUCUGCAUUCUGCGAAGGCUGCAGCCAGCUAGCUGCAGAGAGACACCGAGAGAGCCGAGUAUCGGUUGUGGUGUUCUGUCGCGUUGAAAACCAUGCCAUCACCACGUGUUUCAUUAUUGAUGCCCGCUCAUCAUGCUGACACACGCAAACUUCGCGCAAUUUGCGCCCCCAAGUUGAAGUUGAACUGCAGCACAAAACCAAAGCAACUCACGCCGACCAAAAGCAAUCAGAACCCUGCCACGCCUGCAAGAGCUAUCACAGCACAUCACAGCUCUCGAUACAACCAGGCACGCAACCAUUUUCGGGAGAACCACGUGCAUGCAUAGCUGCAAGAUGCAUACCAAAACAAAAAAAGUCAGCUCUCCUCACAGCUUUCCUCCGAGCUCGCCCCCCCGUCCCCUUCUUUUGCCUUCGUAGACAGCGUCCUUUCGCGACCACUCCUCCUCAGGG